ACUCUGAAGGCCCACAAAAUGAAAGCCCAUACAACUGUCUUCCUUGUUUUCGGUUCGAGACCACUGUGAAUCACAUUCACAGCACAUGCCAACACUAACUACACUGGAAUCUGGAAGCCGAUCUAUUCUAUUUCCUUCCGCAGAUUCUCUCUCGCCUCGCUUCUUUCCUUUAUUGUUAUCACCGGAGCUUGCUCUCACGCUUUCUCUGCGUGCUGUGCUGAUUUGCAUUGAUCGGUGACGGACGUGGUGAACAUCUCUCAAUUCUGGAUUCACCUUCAGAUUCUCAUUAUCAGCCAGUGAUUUCGACAGGUUAACGAAACUGCUGUGAUGCUCAAACUAUAUUAAAUCUUAUGAUGGUUGUGCCUAUGAAUUCCUCCUUAGGGUUUUGAUGAUUGGUGCUUAAUUGACAUGGUUUCCACGAACAAAGCUAGUACGCAGUUAUAGCGAGGGAUUUUUUUAUUUUUGCAAAAGUUUUUCAUAUUAGAGGAAGGAAACAGAAGCCAAAAUGAUCAACAAGUCCCUUGUACUGACUUACUUCUACUUACUGAUCUACCUUUUACUUUCUUCGGGAGUCAUAUUGUACAACAAGUGGGUUCUCUCUCCAAAAUAUUUCAACUUUCCAUUUCCUAUAACACUUACGAUGAUUCAUAUGGGGUUUUCUGGCAUGGUUGCUUUUGUCCUUAUACGCGUGUUCAAGGUUGUUUCUCCUGUCAAGAUGACAUUUGAAAUAUAUGCAACAUGUGUAAUACCGAUAAGUGCCUUCUUUGCUUCAAGUCUUUGGUUUGGUAACACAGCUUACUUGCACAUAUCUGUGGCCUUCAUCCAGAUGCUUAAAGCUCUAAUGCCAGUGGCAACAUUUAUCAUGGCUGUUAUGUGUGGUACUGACAAACCAAGGUGCGACGUCUUCUUGAACAUGGUGCUGGUCAGUGUUGGAGUUGUCAUUUCCUCCUAUGGGGAAAUUCAUUUUAAUGUGGUUGGCACACUUUACCAGGUCACCGGCAUUUUUGCAGAAGCUCUAAGACUUGUUCUAACUCAAGUCCUUCUACAAAAGAAGGGCUUGACUCUAAAUCCUAUCACCAGCUUAUAUUACAUAGCUCCUUGCAGUUUUCUGUUUCUUUUUGUGCCUUGGUAUUUACUUGAAAAGCCUCAGAUGGAAGUUUCGCAUAUUCAAUUCAAUUUCUGGAUCUUCUUCUCCAAUGCUCUUUCUGCUUUGGCCCUGAACUUCUCCAUAUUCCUAGUAAUUGGUAGAACUGGAGCAGUCACAAUCAGGGUUGCUGGUGUUCUAAAAGACUGGAUACUGAUAGCCCUUUCAACUGUUAUAUUUCCAGAGUCUACUAUAACUGGGCUUAAUAUAAUUGGCUAUGCAAUAGCACUUUGUGGUGUUGUCAUGUAUAACUACUUGAAGGUUAAAGAUGUCCGAGCAUCUCAACUCCCUCCUGAAAGCAUUCCAGAAAGAAAUGCAAAGGAUUGGAAGUUGGAGAAGAAGUCAUCUGAUAUAUUCGUGCCCAAUAACAGUAGUGAUAACAUCAGGGCUGGGGCCAGUAACCUUGAUGCUUCUGAUAUGAAUGUUGAUGAAGAAGCACCACUAAUGCCAUCAUCAAGGUUGUCGCAUAUUGGACGGACACAUCUAACCAAUCAUGGUGCAUAGUGUCUGUCAGCCGAAGUAGAGAUAUGUGUUGGAGUUAUUUUUUGGGAACAUAUAGAUGCAAGUGGAAGGCAACUUAUUUUAUCCUUGCAUCUUAUUAAGGGAAAAUAUCUCCCCUUUCCUUUUCUUCCCCAGUACGGAAAUUUAUGUGUUCUACUGCAGGCGAGAGAAGAGGGCAAUUCAUUGUAAACGCUUUAUCAUUGAUAGCAUUUGCAUCCACGGUAUCUCUGUUAUAGUUUUUGUAGAUGGUUGCCUAGAACCCGUAACUGGGUUAAGAAGCAUCCGCCCAUGUAGUCAAAGUGUUAUGAUGUGGCCAAGGGAGACAUUUUCAUUCUCGUUUAGUUGGCCAGUUAAAUAAAUUAAAAUAUGUUGUUGACCCCAUCA